GUUUUAUUCCAUAAUCAGCAGCCUUGCAAAACUAGAAUUCCCAGGAAUUUGCGGAUGGACACUGGGUGGUGGUUGAGUCGCCUAGUGGUGGGAACAUUACUGGCACUGGCUUAUUUUUUUUCCAGUGCCUACAUGUGUGGAGAAAAACCGAGCACUUGCACAGUGAUUGCAUGUGGCAGCUGGGGGCUCAAUGGCAGAAAUGGAACUAAAGGCAAGAAGGCAGACCAAGCUUUUCUUACCAGAUAAGAAAACUUCCCCUUUCUUGGGCAGUCUUCAUUUCUUUCCAAAUCGAAUGAACUGUUUCAAUUGAUCAAAGAACCACAUUGGAUCCGGUCCCAGCAAUGCAUCUUCUCCAGCCUUUCAAUGUCCUUCUGCUGGGAACAUCACUGGCAUUGGCCUCACUUUCUGAAACGUGCAGAUGUGCGGAGAACACUUGCACAGUGAUGGCAUGUGGCAACCCAGGACUGAAUGGAUUACCUGGAAGAGAUGGGAAAGAUGGCACCAAAGAAGAAAAUGGAGACCAAGGAGUCCAAGUGAGGGGCCAGCAGGGUUUCCCUGGGAAGGCUGGGCCUUCAGGAUCACCGGGAAUUCAAGGUCCCCCAGGCCAGAAAGGCCAAAAGGGAGACAUCACAGCUCUUGAUGCUCUUCAAAGACAAGUAACUGCGUUGGAAAGGAACGUCCAGGCUCUUCAAGCUGAUCUUAGCAGACACAAAAAGAUUCUACUGACGCAAGGGGCAAUGAUCGUCGGUGAGAAAAUCUUUGUUUCAACUGGUCAGCAGGACACUUUCCCAAAUGGGAAAGCUCUGUGCGCAAAUGCCGGUGGAGCCCUUGCAAGCCCAAAGAAUGUGAAUGAGAACACAGCCUUGAAAACUAUAGCGAACAGGAAUUCUAUGUACGCUUUUCUCAGUAUAAACGACAUCCAGACUGAGGGUAGAUUUGUGUAUCUGAAUGGAGCACCUGUAAGUUACACAAACUGGAAACCCGGAGAGCCAAAUGACAUGAAUAAUGAGGAUUGUGUUGUACUACUUGUAGAUGGAAUAUGGAAUGAUAUUAGUUGUGAACAUAAAUCGCUGAUUAUUUGCGAAGUUUAAUGUAUUUAUGAAGAACCCAGACUUCAAUUAGUAAUUGAAACCUAGCAAAGCACACCAUAUACAUGUGAGUAACUGCCAUAGGGAAUGUGGUAACUUAAAGCACCUGACCCUCAGAAUAAAACAUCCAUAAAUGAAUUAACUUGAGGAAUGGGGGUGACAACAUGCAGACUCAGAUAUAAUCAUUGCUCUUUCCGAUGGAAGGCCCCUGCACAAACCAACAUCACCUAUGCUGCAUGGUUGGAAAAAUAAACUCAUGGCAUAAACAUCGAUUGAUUGAUUGAUUGUAUUUAUAGGCCACACAAAACAUUAGAUUAAAUUUGAGAUGUCAGAGAAAUCCAUUUGGGGGUGGAGUUUCCUAGGUUCAGCCCCCUGGACUUUCUUUUGGUUCCCACUGUGGCACCUGACUCAAUCUACAUCAAGUUUGAGGAUUUUCUGGGAAUUAAACUCAUGUUUAAAGGUUCUGCAAUUUAUGUAAAUUUCUGAGCAAUUUGCACAAAUGUUGGUUAAAUUUAUUCAAAUUACAAUCGAAUGCAGGCAUGUUUGCACAAAUGACACAAAUUUGACUGUAAUUUUUGUGAUUUGUGCAAAUUCAGCUGUGCAAAUUUUGUGAUUCAUGCAAAUUCAAAUUAAGGCCCAUUUGAAAGCCUGUAUCAUCGGGGUCAACCCUAUUUCAUUUGGAAGGGUGUUGCAUACAUGAAGUAAAGACAGUAAAUACAGUUAAGCGUUCUCCCUGAAUCCCUGGGAGGUGAGAAGGCUAUGCACAGCAUUAUAGUGCUUCCUUUAGGAUGAUCCGAUGACCCGGGAAACUCCGGAGACCUCCUGUAAAACGAAGUGCCUCUGGGGUAACCGGGGCUGGCUACCAAAUUCCAGGGAAAAUGGGUGCCCAGCAGGAGAACACAUCCCUUAGGCCCUCCCAGCAGCAAUCCGGCCU